GGAGCGGCCGCCAUGGACUGAGCGCCGCCAACAUGGGGCCGCCGCUCGCGCUCCCGCUGCUGCUGCUGCUUCUGCUGCUGCCGCGCGCCCCGCCCGCCGCCCCCGCGCCCGCGCCCCGCGCCCGCCCGCUCCCGGGGCUGCUCGGCUGCCUAUUCGAGGACCAGCUGUGCGGCCCGACGGAGACCUGCGUGAAUGACGGGCUGUUUGGACGGUGUCAGGAGUUUCCGGCCACAGACACGCGCCGCCAUGAAGCAUCGCCGGGGGACCUGCAGCACCUGACGGCCGCCCUGCGGAAGCUGUCCCGCUCAGGUUCCUCGUGGCAGGACACCACCGCCCAGCACCUGAUGGCCCGGGAGCUCUCACACCUCCCCCAGACCUACCCACGACGUCCCGACGCGUCCCACCUGGCCAGGAGCCCCAAGCAGAGCGUCCAGGACGAACGGGGCCUCAGCCGGGAGGGCAACGUGCUGGCCGAGGUCCUUCAGCGCUACCUGCCCUACCUGGAGGCCUUGGCCCAGGCUGCCGCCCCGAACACGCUCCCCGGGCUGAAGCUGGACAGGCCGCUGGCGCAGGGUGAGGACCCCCUUGCCGAGAGCGCGCUGACCUUCGUGGCGCAGACGUCCGCCCUGACUUUUGCUCCUGAGCCCCGAGCGGAUUUCCCCGGGGGACGCCCGCUGCCCACGCUCCGCCGGCUCCAGCCCGAUGAGCUCACCCCCAAGGCAGUGGGCGGUGUGGACCGGCAGAAUCUGGUCACCGCGCUGAGUGCCUACGCUGCUCGGAAGCCUCCCUUGCCCCCCCGGGAGGGCGACCCCGCGCCGCGCAACCUCCUGAGCGCACCAUGGAGAGAGCCCAGGGUCCUUUCGGCACUGGCUGCCCCCCAGAGAUGGCCUUCGCCUGCAGGAGAUCCCAGGAACGCCCCGGGCAUGGACGAUGAAGCCCGUGUGCAGAUGCUCCUGCGGGGCCUGCCGCAGCAUCUGGGCGGCAUGGAGGGUCUGGGCGCCCUGGACGUGGACGCAAUGGCCCGUGCCAUCGCCAGUGCGCUGCCAAGUGGGGGCGCAGACGGGGAGCAGGGAGGCGCCCGGCCAGGAGACGGAGGACCCAGGGGGCAGGCGGACCGCUCGGAGGUGGCUCCCCACGGCGGGGACCAGACAGGUGACGCGGAGUCCAAGGACGGUGGCAGCGUGCACAAGGAGGUCAGCCGUUCGGGUGCCAGACUCGGGGACCCCCUUCAAGGUCCUGGGUCCCCUCUCUUGCCUGGAGCCCCUCAACUUGCAGGGCCCUUCAAAACAGAGAUCAAGAAAUCAGAGGCCCCCGCGGCGCCCCUGUCCUCCGAGGAGGAGCGCGCCGGGGUGGAGAGUGUGAGGAGCCGGACCUACACCAAGGAGCUGGCAGAGGGGCUGCUGAAGCCGGGGCCAGGGCUGGGGCCGGGCGCACCACGGGGGCUGCAGCGCUGGGCUCCGGUUGGGCCCCCCAGCCAAGGCCUGCGGCUGGAAGCCAAGUCCUCCGGGGAGCAGCACGGCUACAUCGUGACGCAGCAUGACCCCCUGAACCCGGAGGAGGGGAAGGUGCUGCUGGAGCACGUGGCGCGUCUCCUGGAGGUGCCUGCCGACGUCUUCGUGGACAUCGGGGUCGCGGGGCCCACAGUGACCUUCAGGGUGAGCGCCAAUGCCCGGAAUGUGACGCCGGCGGAUGCGGUGAAGGCGGCAGCUGACAACAAGGAGAAACUGGAAGAAAUGUCAGGACUGAAGAUCCUUCAGACAGGAGUCGGCUCGAGAAGCAAACUCAGGCUCCUGCCUCAUCAGGCAGAGCAGGACGACUCCGCCAAGUUCAUCGUGCUCACCCUGGUCUCCAUCGUGGCCGUCGUGGGGGUCCUCCUGGCAUCCAGCGUCUUCUACUGCCUGCGCCACAGCUCUCACCACAGGCUGAAAGAGAAGCUCUCGGGACUCGGGGGUGGCCCGGGCCCAGAUGCGCCCAGCGCCUACCAGGAGCUGUGCCGGCAGCGCAUGGCCGUGCGCACGUCCGAGCGCCCGGAGGCCCCGCACACGUCCCGCGUCAGCAGUGUGUCAUCUCAGUUCAGCGACGGGCCGAUGCCCAGCCCCUCUGCGCGGAGCAGCACCUCGUCCUGGUCGGAGGAGCCUGUGCAGCCCAACAUGGACAUCUCGACCGGCCACAUGGUCCUGGCCUACAUGGAGGACCACCUGGAGGACAAGAACCGGCUGCAGCGGGAGUGGGAGGCCCUGUGCGCCUACCAGGCGGAGCCCAGCUGCUCGCUCGUGGCCCAGAGGGAGGAGAAUGUGCCCAAGAACCGCUGCCCGGCUGUGCUGACCUACGACCACUCCAGGAUCCGGCUGAGCUCGGGAAACAGCCACAGCAGCUCCGACUACAUCAACGCCAGCCCCAUCAUGGACCAUGACCCAAGGAAGCCCGCGUACAUCGCCACCCAAGGACCGCUGCCCGCGACCGUUGCUGACUUCUGGCAGAUGGUGUGGGAGAGUGGCUGCGUGGUCAUCGUCAUGCUGACCCCCCUCUCGGAGAAUGGCGUCAGGCAGUGCUACCACUACUGGCCGGAUGAAGGCUCCAACCUCUACCACAUCUACGAGGUGAACCUGGUCUCUGAGCACAUCUGGUGCGAGGACUUCCUGGUGAGGAGCUUCUACCUGAAGAACCUGCGGACCAGUGAGACGCGCACCGUGAGCCAGUUCCACUUCCUGAGCUGGCACGACCAGGCCGUGCCGGCCUCCACGCGGUCCCUCCUGGACUUCCGCAGAAAAGUAAACAAGUGCUACAGGGGCCGUUCUUGUCCAAUAAUUGUCCACUGCAGUGACGGCGCAGGCAGAAGUGGCACCUAUGUCCUGAUCGACAUGGUCCUCAAUAAGAUGGCCAAAGGCGCUAAGGAGAUCGACAUCGCGGCGACGCUGGAGCACCUGAGGGACCAGAGACCAGGCAUGGUCCAGACCAAGGAGCAGUUCGAGUUCGCGCUGACGGCAGUGGCCGAGGAGGUGAACGCCAUCCUCCAAGCCUUUCCCCAGUGAGCGUGUUUCCCGGGGCCUCGGAGGAGCCCCAGCCCGGGCGCUGCCGCCGUCGGGACCGAGGACGACUCGGCUUUGUCUCCUGGAGCGGCUGCCCGGUGGUCGGCCCUGAGGCCCUGCGGUCUGCGCUGUUCAGCAGUUAAAAUGUGUAUUUUUGUUCAGCCAAACAGUACUAAACAGAGGUCUGUGGGAACAUGCAGUUACGGGGCGGUCGGUUCAUCUACUUUCACUCUCUUGGAAAAAAGGUUUAUUUUUCCUCAAAGCGCACCUUUCAUUCCUUGCUGCAAACCCUGUCGUCCUGACGACGCAGUGACCCGCGCAGCCAGGACGGCCCCCAGAAGAGAGCUGGCUCGUGAUCGGAACUUUCUGAAGGAGCUUCCGCCACGCGGGGAGAGGCCCAGGGCAGCUGGCCGGGCCCCCGGCCGCAGGCUCUGUCUUCAUGACGGUCCCUCGCGGGGAGAAACCAGCAGCUGGGACGUGCGGGCCGGACGGGCGGGAAGCUGCCCCUCUGCAGCUUGGGGGCAGGCGACAGGGGAACCACCCCCGCACUUGGUUCAACCCAGGCCGCUCGACACCCCCCAGGCACGGCUGACAGCCCCCCCCUCAACCGCCCACCCCGGGUGGGCGGGGACCCCGGAGGGCAAGUGCCAUCCCACUGGAGCACCUGCUUCCCGGCCCCCCACCCCCGAGACGCCUCACCUGGGCGAGGCAGGGGGUGGCUUCCAAUCUCCAGACAUGGUUUUAACUUAUAAUAGGGAUUUGCACUUUGCAAAAUCAAGUGCAGCUAGUGAGCGCUCUCCUGCAGGCUAACCCAGAUCAGGGAGGGCUGGGAGGAGCACGUAGUGAGCCCCCGGCAGGCACGUGUGGCCCCUCGCAGGGGCGGCGGGCGCCUUGCUGGCAUCCAGAGAAGACAGGUUGCUUUCCCCACAGGAGGAACACAGGGAUCACAGCAACUGGAGAAAAGUGACCGCCCUGGGCUCCUGCCAGGGCUCAGACCCCUGGCCCUUAAGUUGCCCACUUGUCUGACAUCACGCAGACACCAGCGUCUGGAGAGAGUUUGCAUUUGCCAAAAAGCACUUGUGCACCAAAUUUGCCAGCGCCCCCAGCAGCAGGAGAGUUUCAUUAAAGCGAGGGCGAUGACGUGGAGGGAGGUGUGCAGGCAGCUCUGCGGGCUGCCGGUCUCGGGAGUAAAACCUGCCCUGGUACCUUGUCCUUCCAGGCUGACACACCACGCCUCCGUCUUAAACAGAUGUUGCAGCUCAGAGAGCAGCAGACCAGGGAACGUGGCUGGCUGAGUGGGGAGAAAGAUGCCAAAACAUUGUCUGUGUCCUUAACGGUGUUGUCGUGUAAAUCUGCUUUAACAUAGCUCUGAUUUCUCUCCCAAAGCUGUUUCUCUAUCGGGAACCUAAUGAUUAAUAGGAAAUAACUAUUACCUGAAUAUAGGAGCGUAGACCUGCCUGUGGCUUCUGACAUUUUUGUUUCCUCGGUGAGACACGUGACUGUAUUUAACUGUGUUUGAUUAAACUUCUGAUUUCACA